ACCUCGUGGAGGAGACGCCAGCAUGGGGCAGUCGGGGCGGUCCCGGCACCAGAAGCGCGCGCGCGCCCAGGCCCAACAACGCAACCUUGAGGCCUACUCCGCGCAGCCGCACUCGUUCGUGUUCGCUCGGGGCCGCGUAGGUCGCGGCGUCCGUCAACUCAGCCUGGACCUCCGGCGGGUCAUGGAGCCGCUCACCGCCACCCGUCUACAGAUACGAAAGAAAAAUUCUCUGAAGGAUUGUGUGGCAGUGGCUGGGCCCCUUGGGGUCACACAUUUCCUAAUAUUGAGCAAAACGGAGACCAAUAUCUACUUUAAGCUGAUGCGCCUCCCAGGAGGCCCCACUUUGACCUUCCAGAUCAACAAGUAUACAUUGAUGCGGGACGUCGUCUCCUCACUGCGCCGCCACCGCAUGCACGAGCAGCAGUUCACACACCCUCCCCUCCUGGUGCUCAACAGCUUUGGCCCCCAAGGCAUGCAUGUGAAGCUCAUGGCCACUAUGUUCCAGAAUCUGUUUCCCUCCAUCAAUGUGCACAAGGUGAACCUGAAUACCAUCAAGCGCUGCCUUCUUAUCAACUACAACCCUGACUCCCAGGAUCUGGAUUUCCGCCACUAUAGCAUCAAAGUCGUUCCAGUGGGCGCAAGUCGUGGGAUGAAAAAGCUUCUUCAAGAAAAGUUUCCCAACAUGAGCCGCCUGCAGGACAUCAGUGAGCUGCUGGCCACGGGCGCAGGGCUGUCAGAGAGUGAGGCAGAGCCGGAUGGUGAGCACAACAUUACGGAGCUACCCCAGGCCAUCGCAGGGCGUGGCAACAUGCGGGCCCAACAGAGUGCUGUGAGGCUUACUGAGAUCGGACCUCGGAUGACACUGCAGCUUAUCAAGGUCCAGGAGGGCGUCGGGGAGGGGAACGUGCUCUUCCAUAGUUUCGUCCACAAGACAGAGGAGGAACUGCAGGCCAUACUGGCAGCCAAGGAGGAGAAGCUGCGGCUCAAGGCCCAGAGGCAGGACCAGCAGGCCCAGAAUGUCCAGCGUAAGCAGGAACAGCGAGAGGCCCACAGGAAGAAGAGCCUGGCGGGUAUGAAGCGGGCAAAGGCAGGAGCCGAUGGGGAUAGUGAUGCUGAGGACCCUGGGGUCACCCCAGAGGUAGAGAGAGUUGGACAGCAGGAGGAAGAGGAUGAAGCUGAGUAUUUCCGCCAGGCAGUGGGGAAAGAGCCUGAUGAAGAUAUGUUCCCGAAGGCCCAGUGGAGACGGCCCAACGGGCCUCCAAGCAAGAAGCAGCGGGUAAAGCAGCAGAGGCCAGACCGCAGUGCCCCACCCUGCCUCGCCAACAUCUCAGCGGCUGCUGACCGAAUCCUCAGUAAAUUCCAGGAAGACUUCCUGUGGCCCAUGCUGGUGGCCGAGUUCCUGGUGGCUGUGGCCGGUAACAGCCUGGCCCUCUACCGCUUCAGCACACGGGAGCAGCGCCCAUGGCACCCAGCUGUGAUCUUCUCAGCCCAGCUGGCUGUCAGCGACCUGCUCUAUGCCCUGACACUGCCUCCACUGGCUGCCUACUUCUACCCACCCAAGCACUGGCGCUAUGGGGAGGCCAUGUGCCGCCUGGAGCGUUUCCUCUUCAUCUGCAACAUGCUGGGCAGCGUCAUCUUUGUCACCUGCAUCAGCCUCAACCGUUACCUGGGUAUUGUCCACCCCUUCUUUACCCGCAGUCACCUGCGGCCCAAGCAUGCCUGGGCCAUUAGUACUGCAGGCUGGGUGCUGGCAGCCCUGCUGGCUGCACCCACACUCAGCUUCUCCCACCUGACUACACCACAUCAGGAGGGCAACUGCACCGUGGACAAACCUGAGGCCUGCAUUAAGUGCCUGGGGACUGCAAGUGACAACCAGCUCAAGGCCUACAAAGCCUACAGCCUGGUGCUGGUGGCACUGGGCUGCACCCUGCCACUGCUGCUCACCCUGAUAGCCUACAGUGCCCUUGGACGGGCCAUGCUACGUAGCCAUGGCAUGACAGCAGCCAAGAAAAUGCACGUGGCAGUGCUGGUGGUCAGUGGUGUGGCACUCUAUGCUAGCUCCUAUGUGCCCUACUAUGUCACAUGGGUAAUCAACAUGUCCGCCCGGAAGCACUGGCUAGCCCGCUGCCCGACCUUCGUGGACGUGGCUCAGGCUUUGGAAGCAUUGGACCUUGGGGCCUACGUGGGCCACCAGGUGACACGGGGCCUUGUGCCCCUGGCCAUCUGCAUCCACCCACUGCUCUACAUGGCUGUGGCACCCAGCCUAGGCUGCUGCCAUCAAUGCUGCCUUGGCUGCAGGGAGGGCCAGGCCCCAGAGAAUGCUGAGAGCUCCAGUCAAGCGCUGCCCCUCAAUGUCAUAGCCACCAAAACCUCGGAGCCCCAGUUCCCUGAGAUGAGCCCAUGACCUGGCCUACCUUGAGUCUCUUUCCCACCACAUGGCGCUAGGACCCAGCAGCACAACAGAGGUGAGAGCCCAGGAGGCCCCAAACCACUUCCCCAAAGAAAAGGCCUGUCACGAAAACAGCAAGCACCCAGAGUAGCAAGAAUUUCCACCCACAGCACAACUGCCACAAGAUGGGUGUUAGUCAUAUAAAAAUAGGACACAUAGAGCAUC